CUUUGAAUUGGCUCUCCUAACAAUAACCUACUGUCUUUGAGCAUAUAUUAGACAUUAAUUUGGACUAUGUGACUAUAUCCUUACACUGCAACUAUAGAUAGUGUGCCAUCUCUUGUAUCAUCAAAGGUCACACUCGGAUGAAUGCGUUUAAUAAAGUUACAGCGGAUUUGGUAUUUAGCCCAUAUGUGCUUGAAUCUCCAUGUUGUAUUCAGUGUCCGUGUGGGCUUCUGGCUUUUGCAGUGUUUAACACGAUUAUGGGAUGGACAGGAAUGGGAUAGAGCUCUCCCAGCCCAACCACGACGAGAGCAUAACGCGUAUUUGUCGGCUCGGAUGCAGCAGCAUCCUCUCAAAAGCACUGCUUCAGCACAGUCAGUCAGACCGCCCAACCCGUCGAGGAUGCUGCUGGAGGACCCAGCCCGACAGUCCGAACCGUGACACGUUUCUGCUGAAGUAAGUCUAUCGCCAAAAACGAAACACACUGCGAUUUAGACUGGGGUCAGCACGAGAGAAAAAAAUAAAGAAGGGGGGAAACUAUAAAGUAUCAUCAGCUGCCUAAUUUUGAACUUGAUACCGGAGUAUGGGAGUCGUCGGCAUGGAUGCACCUCUACACCGGCUUUAGAAGUUGGACAGCCAGAAAUGUGAAUGCCAUGACUCUUGACUUUGGACAAGAUUUCCAGCGCAGUGCAGACGGCAGUAUUAUAGAAUCCAAAAGGUGGACUUCUCCUUUUGUCCAGAUUACCGGAGGGUGUUAUCUGAUCAACAUGUGGCACCUAAAUCAUAGGCACCUUUAGUCUUUUUCUGAGGCAUGGAGCAUUAAGCUAUUGAUCCCCGAAGAACCCAUCAAGGUGCUACUUAUUAUUCAAAGUAAUGGAAUGAAGACAAUAUCUUGAUAUAAUGGAUGAUAGGUCCAGUAAGCUCAUCUUGGUUCCUAUUUUAGCUGUCCUUUUUGUUAUGAUAGGUUAUCAGUACAUAUGUCCCGCUGGCAGUAAUUCGUGCCACUUUAAGACUGGGGAGAAAUUAAGAGGGGUAAGCCUACUUUCCAACCCGUACCAGGAAAGCGAUGAUUUCUACAGAGAUCAAGACCUGGAGGAUGAAAGCCCUCCUAAACUACCGUCAAAAUUCAACUUCACCGAAAGAGACCUUGACAGACACGUGGAGUUCAACAUCAAAGGGGACGACGUGAUAGUGUUUUUGCACAUCCAGAAGACCGGGGGAACCACUUUCGGGAGACACUUGGUGAGGAAUAUUCGCUUGGAGCAGCCGUGCGACUGCAAGCCCGGACAGAAGAAAUGCACAUGUCACCGACCAGGGAAAGAGGAGUCUUGGCUCUUCUCCCGGUUCUCCACUGGCUGGAGCUGCGGACUUCAUGCAGACUGGACCGAGCUUUCGAACUGUGUACCUGUCAUUAUGGAUAAGAAGGAGGCCCAGAGAAAUAAAAGGAACUUCUACUACAUCACCAUGCUGCGAGACCCAGUCUCCCGCUACCUGAGCGAGUGGAAGCACGUCCAGCGCGGAGCCACGUGGAAGACCGCCCUCCAUAUGUGUGAUGGACGCUCGCCCACGCAGGACGAGCUGCCCACCUGCUAUAGUGGGGAUGACUGGUCCGGUGUCACCCUGACUGAGUUCAUGAACUGCCCGUCCAACCUGGCCAAUAACCGGCAGGUCCGCAUGUUGGCUGACCUGAGCUUGGUGGGCUGCUACAACUUAUCCUCUAUGAAUGAGAGCCAGCGUAACCACAUCCUUUUGAGCAGUGCCAUGAGCAACCUGAAGAACAUGGCUUUCUACGGCCUGACUGAGUUUCAACGCAAGACGCAGUACCUGUUUGAGCGGACGUUCAGCCUGCGCUUCAUUUCCGCUUUCAUGCAGAUCAACAGCACGCGAGCUGCCAACGUGGACCUGAGCGAGCCCGUGCGCAGGCGCAUCGAGGAGCUCAACUAUUUGGACGUGCAGUUGUACGAGUACGCGAAGGACCUGUUCCUCCAGCGUUUCCAGUUCACCCGCCAGAGGGAGCACCAGGAGGUGCGCUUGAAGAGGCGCGAGGAGAGGCGUUGGCUGAGGGAGCAAAAAGAGCAGGGCAGGCCAUGGCCAGCCAAACACAGAGGGGGAGGAAAUGGAGGCGGAAGAAGGGAAGGAGGGUUGGAGAAAGGGACUGACGGUGACUUCCCCACCACCACUGAGGACUACACAAGCCAAGUGGCCCGUUGGUGAGGCUCUGAUCGAAAGAGAGAGGAGCAAGAGAGAGAUUCCUCACAGACUUGUUUAAACCUUUGACUCUCUCUUUCACACAUCCUUAGACUCUCUCUUUCUUUCUCACCAUUAAUCUGUCUCCUGCAUCUGUCUGUUUCUCAGCUUCAGUGUGAUCCUAGUGCUCUGCUGUUUCUUUAUGAAGACUGUCAAGUAUGUGAGUCUCACAGUAGCUCUGCCUUGGAGUGCCCUUUGGUGUCUUAAAUCUUUAAAUGCUGUUUAUACAUUUUUUUAAUAGGCUACAUUCAUUUCAUUACAUUCAUUUGAUUUUUGCCUUGGUUAUUUAUAAUGUGUUGUAUAAUAAGAGUGAAAGAAAAAAAACAUUCAAAAGAAGCUGCAACAGACUGCAUUGCUUUUAAUUUUGACAUUCAAAGCAACUUUGAUGAAUGUUAUUAUAGUCUUUGUUGCAACGGGUACAAAACCAUUUGAAAGGUGUAGUUGUAGAAGAACUGAUGGUUGCAUGUCACACAUCCACACUAUACUGACAAUUGGGGAGAGGGAUUCCCAAAAGGUAUGCAGUACUGUAAGCCAAAGUUUAUAAAAACACAAUGUAUUUAUUGUAUUUUUAUUUCAUGACAAUGAAACCCUCUCUAAAUACCAUGUUGUAUGCAUGCAAUGCCCAUGUUUUAAACCAAAUUUUAGAAGACUAUGUCUGAUGCUUAUAUUUUGGUUCCAAUAGAUAUUAUUUUCUCAAGUGAUAUACUGUACCUAGCAGACAUUAACACGUCUCCCUCCCAAAGAUAACAUGCACACACAAAGCUAAAAUCACACAGUCACAUCUUGCUGAUCAAAAUAACUAUAUCGUUCCCCGUACAGUGGGAAGAACAUUUUGCUUUUUACAUGAGAAAAGGAAAGUUCUUUGUGAUGAGAAAGGCAUAUUUUGUGAGUAAUUCAUUUUUGAAGUAGUGGGUUCCAGGGAUAAAAAGUUGGUAAAUAGUACAGGUGAUGAAAUGUGUCAGUGUGGCUGGUGUGUGGCCGGACUGUGAAUUAGAUGAUCAGCAUUCAGCUCUCACGGCCCUCCCCGUUACACUGGCUGCUUUUACAUGUUUGUAGAGCUGAGGGCAACUGCACUGUGGGCAGCAAAAACACUUUAAUGCCAGCAGAGCGCCAGCCCACAAAGACCAGCCUCAAAGCAGAUAGUCGAGAAAUAAAACAUGUCUGUCAUUUCCUCUGCCCGAUAGUUUCCAGUCCCUCAAAUCCAAUCAGCGCGGCAAUAUAUGAAGAUGAAAGAGAGCUCGUUUUAUCUGCUUAAAUAGGCUUCAGUGAUGCUUUUUAUGCCUCUUAUCUCAUAUUUACUAAAAUCCCUGCUUAUCAAAUUAAAUGUUAACUAAAUGUCAACAUUGAAGUGGUAGAGCUGCUGCUAUUUUCAGUCAUUUAUCAUGUUUCUUCUCAUAUUGAAGUUACUUAUAAAUACCUCAGAUGGCAAAGUUUGGUUUUAUUUUAAGGAAUCACCUGUGUUUUGUCUUGAGUGAUUCAUUCAGCUCGUUCAGUGAAUGUGUUGAAUGAAUACAGGUUUGAGCUGUCAGGAGUUGUAUGGGUGCACUUGUCUGUACGGAUGCACUUAGUCUGAGUUCACUGAGUGUGUGGAUGGAUGGAAAAGAACAAAGACUAGGUGUAUAGCACAUUGAUAACACUUGAGCUAAAGCUCUGAAUAUUUAAUCACUGUGUAGAAUUUGUAGCUGAAUUCAUGAAGUUUGUGUUGUAGCAGUGACCUAGAUUGGUGACAAAAGUUUAUUUCAUGUCAAAUGAUUGUAAAGGUUUAUUUGGGAUCUUUUUUCUGUCCAUUUUAUACUCUAUACAUUUCAAAGGCACUUUAAACUAAAGCUAGAGUAUUGCCAACUUUACAACAUGAAAAUGUUGCUAAUGUUUUAUCAAGAAUAAUCCGUUAAAUGCUUCAUUCUGCUAUAUAACAUUAAAUAUUUCUGACUAAAUAAACAACAAUAAAAGUUUGGGGUGAAAACAACAUUUUUGUUUAUUAUUAAUUAAUUAUUAAUUUAACCUUCAGAAACUCGAUGUGGGUGUGGUCUGAUCAGAUUUUAGUGCCAAGAUAUCAAUGUAAAAAUACUCCAUGCACGUUCAAAAUCCUACUAAAAAAGUAAGUAGUAAAAAAAAAAAUUGUGUGUUCAUGUAAGACCCCAUCGCUCAUAGUAAUAAGCUGAUUGAGAAAAUAUGUUUAAGCGGGCCUUAAGUAAAAUGUGAAUGCAGGAUAAUUACUUGUAAUAGGGUAUUCUAUGGACAUGCGAGCAUUUUGGCAUGUCACAGUAGCACAGGUGUAAAUAAUAAAAUGAAUGAUGGCUGAAUUCCAUUUAGCUACGUCAGUUUCGGGGUUCUGGUAUUGGUAUUGUUUUGUUAAUGUUAUUAGUAACACCUGUAUUUUUUGUCUGCUCCUGAAAAGGCCUAUUGUGAUAUUGUUACUUUUACUUAGCUAAAGAAUCUGAAGAGUAUCUGAAAACUUAUUUAACCACAGACAGAAUGUAUGCAUUAAUGGCAAAUUCUAUAGUUAUUAGACCAGGAGCAUUUCUUUUUCUUUUCUUUUUCUUUUGGAUUUUUUUUUUUAAAUAAACCAACAUGCAGCACUGCUGUGUGACAAGCUGUAGGGAUUACAAUGUUCUCCAGUGACAGAUGGCAUGAGCACUGCAUGAGCAGUAGAAGUACCAAAUAGCUGUUAAUGAAACACUACUGAAACUCUUCUAAUGUUGUAAAUGUGCUAUAUACCUAAGUUAUAUUUGUGUGUGUGUGUGUGUGUGUGUGUGUGUGUGUGUGUGUGUGUGUGUGUGUGUGCGUGCGUGCGUUAUUGAAAUAUUGUAAACUAGAGAAACUGCUGUUGGAUGCUGACGCCUGAGGUGUGUCUAAGUGUGUCAAAUAUCACGUGUCUGUGUGUUAUUGUUAUUAAUAACACCUGUUUUGCGCUGCCUUAAAGCCUUCUGUGAGAUACAGUAUACAGACUGAUCACUUACUACAGAUUCACUUGAGAGGCAGAAAGCAACGAAAGGAACUCAAAUAGUAAAAAAUGUUAAAAUGUAAAUAACACCUGUGUUCAUGUGUAAUAAAGCUACUGUGACACCACAGAGAUCAUAGAAGAAGUCUAAUUAGCACAUCUCAGUCAGCUGUGUUCCCACCUGCAAUUAAUGGUUGCCAUGGCGAUGGUGCUGUUGAGUGACUCCUGGGUCAGACAGUUCACUUAAAGAUAUAAUAUGUAAUAUUUGCGCAUUAAAAUGUCUAAAAGCGACCAUACCUAUGUUAUAUAUUUUGUUUGGUUGUGUACUUACAUUAUCCUAAAUGUGUCCAACAAUGUUCAAACCCAGAGACAUCUAUAAUUUUAAUCAUUGACACGGAGCGUGUCAUUUAGUCGCUUGUCAAUGGUGUCAUAUAAUCUUUGACCCCUCUAGUAGCUCUAACAAAAAGAAGAACUUCGGCAAAACACGGGACAUGCCCGGAAACAAUCCAGUUUACUACGAUGUUCUCCGAUGACAAUUGGCUCAUGCUAAUGCUUGGUGGCUAAAUUGUACAGUAAUGUUAGACUAUAGCGUUAGCUAGCGCUGCGCAACCCGGCCAACCCAUCUGCCUUACUGCCCACACCUCGUCAGGAUGAGAGCGGACAACAGGCCCAGGGACACAGCCAUCGUUAGUCUCCCCAGCCAGCGACUACAGUCUCCCACCCCCCAAUCUGUGUUUAUAGCAUCAACAAUAUGGGAAGUAGAGCGAUCUAAAAAAGGUCCCUUCGUCUGAAAUUUUCUCAGUUAACAUGGCAAUCAAUAGGGCAGUUCAAUGGUUCUCCUGUCACUUUGAGGCUCAUAGCGCAAAAUGUGUAAGUAUCUUUGCUGAGAUAGUUGCAUUGUUUGAAAACAACAUUCUGUCCAUUCAUUUGAAUGGGCGAAGAAUUCACGAAAAAACAUUAAAUAAUUCGGACACUUCCGGGGCUCCGUAAGAUACAAACGCUAAAAGUACUUACGAUAAUGUUUUUUUAGAAGCUGAGCUAAACAACUUGAACAUGAAAAUGAAGAAAAAAGAAGUUUUUACUUAGGAGCUAAAGUAGUUAGGUGCCAAAAAAGGAAGAACAUUGCUGUCAACAAUCCCACAAAUUAAAGUUAUAUGUGCAUCCAUUGCCUUAGCAUAAUCAACAACAUAUGUAGAUAGAAAAUUCACAUUUAAAGACUAAAAUCUUGUCAACUCAUGAACAAACUGUUUACAGAGGUCAGAGUUUAUUUCUUUCUCAGUCACAGUUGCCACUCUGUACUAUGAUUAUCUAUGUCAGCCCUUAGCUUACUCCCUGAACAAAGAAAAUGUAUAAGAAUUAAAAUUUCUGAAUAAUUAUAAAUUAAACAAGAGUACAUUGUUCAAUUUUAGGUGUAUUAUUUCUGUGACUUCUUAAUAUUUAUUACUACUAUUUACACUAAAUGAUGUCCUUAAGACUUUACACCAAUUUUGAAAUUGGAAAAGUGAAAACUCUCAGACUAUGGUGUAAAUAAACUGAUGAGGAAAAAAGCCAACAGAUUUCAUUCUAAAUUUUACUGACCGCCAAAAAAUGAAAUGUCACUUUGCUAAAGGAACAUUAAACUUGUACUGCCACUUCAUAUCUCUGAGACGCAGAGUUAUCCCUAUUUAUUUUUUUAUUUACGUAUAUAAUUUCAACUGUUGCUAAAGAAUGGCUUUGCCUGAUGGAAAAUACCAUUAUUACCAACACCUCAGUGAUAAUGGAAGAGAGCUUUCUUAGUGUAAGCAUUUCUAUGUACAUGUUAAAAGUAUUGUGAUGAAAUGAACAGUCUCAGAGCCUUUUGGCUUGUAAUAUUUAAUCUGCCAUUUUUCUUGUCAGACCUGAAAACAAUUAAAUAAAUGCAUUGAAUGGC